AUGGCAUUCCUCUUCGGGCUUUCUUGUGGAACGCCACAGCGGAGAAUUACGUCCCCACUUCAUACCUCCCUGGAGACUGGAGGUGAUAAUGUUGCCCGUGGCCCCGUGAAUGAUGUUCAUGCGCCUAUAGUGAAAUUUGAAAGUCAUGGCGACAGUUGCGUGCAAUCCACGGUGGAAAUGUAUACCCGCUAUGCAGCGGACGCCGCUGAGGCUAAGAAAACACGGGAUGAGCGCGGCCCUUUACGGAUUGCCGCCUUCUCACGACUGUGGAUUCCGCCACUUCACGCGACUGGGGGUAUGCAAUUUCAUGCCUACCACAUCUACUCCCAGUUGGCAGCUCGGGGUCAUUACGUGCAUGUCUUUGUGACGGGUCCCCCGUCGGGCCAACUACAGAAACUCGGGUACUGCACGGAUCCCGACACAAACAAGACUUCUCUCUGUGGACUGGACAAGGCACGACUGGUGGUGGAGCAGGUUGCGUCUAAACAUAACAGUGCAUACAGUGUGAAGUGGCUGGAGGAAUGUCUGAGUGUAUUUCAACGGUACCAUGAGGCACAGCCUUUCCACUUGGUGCACAGUGAGAGUUGGGCAGCUGUGCCCAACAUGUAUCAGCUGGGUUUGCCAUUUGCUGUGACGUGGCAUGGGUCAAUGCUAGAUUGGCUCCGCAGUGAACUGAAUUACAUCGCUCAUAACUAUCGCAUGAUGCGCAAGAUGCCUGGCCCCAACGUGAUGGAGCGUAUGAAGAGCCUUUCUUCUGUUGUGACGCUAGAGGAAUAUAUGCUCCUCACGGUACCACAGCAUAUAGUAAUAUCGGAUGAAGCUGAAAAGAACCUGCGGGAGAUACAGCACAUUGUACCAGACCAGAUUGCGUUGAUUUACAAUGGUGUUGACCGUCACAUGUUUCGACCACGCGAAGGACAGGAGGUGCGUAAUGCAUUCUUGGAUGAGUAUCGUGUGCCGCGCAACCACUUCAUUGUGGGCUGUGGCGGGCGCCUGGAGGCGAUCAAGGGACAUCUGCAGCUAUCUAAAGCGAUGCGGCUGAUCAUGGGGACACAUCACGACGUUACGCUCAUGGUAGCUGGUAGGGGAUCACAGGGACAGCUUUAUGGGUCUAUGAGGCGUGAGGGGAUGCCCGUCAUCCAGCUGGGAAUGCUCUCGCAGGAGAAUCUCGCGCGGUUCUAUCAGACGGUCGAUGUGUUUGUGGACCCCUUCUAUCAGCAUCAUGGCCUCAACACUGUGAUGAUCGAAGCGGCCCUGUCCGGCGUGCCGCUCGUUGUGACGGACCUUGGCAGCGCGCGCUCGGUGGUGCCGUGCGCAGAGUAUGGGCGGCGGUUUACCCUGGGCGAUGUGGAGGGACUGGCGCGGGAGAUUCUCCACUACAAGUUCCACCCCGAAGAGGGCGAAGCGGCCGCACGUCGCUCUCGUGAGCGUGCCAUGCAGUUGUUCGGCAGCGACACCAUGGCGAGUCGGUAUGAACGCGUCUUCUACCGACUGGUCAGGAGCCCGCCGCCAUUGGAGAAGGUCACAGGGAGUCUUGAGUGCACAUCUGCGUACCCGGCCAUGUGCUACCGCAAGUUGGUGUAA